GUACCGCCUUAUCGUUGCCCUGGGCCUGCAGCUGCCCUUCGCGUCCCGUCCUCGGGAGGUAGUGCCCCAUCCUGAAGCCCUCCUGCCCUGGAGAGGUGCCUGCCAGCCCCCUACGCCCGGGGGGCGGACCAAACCCCGGUGCUUUGUUAGGUGCCUUUGUCCCGGUCCGAAGAGGGGUGGUUUUGGCCCUGCCAGCCCUCUGCUGUGUCUGCAGCCCGCUUUAUAACUCCGCACAACCAUACGCGUGUCUAAAGAGGAGUACCUGACUCACCAUCUUCUUUUCGGCGUUACACAUAGCUUUGAUUUCUCCCCACAGCUGUUGUAAAGGACAAUUUUGGAGGGGAGGGGGAGUCUAGAGUGGUAGAGGGGAGAUGCUGUACCUUCUUAGCAUCCCUUGCUAACUGUCAUCACUACUUGUGGCUGCACAAAAAGAAAAACCACCUUGCUUAAGUGAGCCUCCAGCACUGACCUAGGUAGUUCUUGUCUGCUUUCUCCUAAAGAUGAACAGUGCUACAAUCUCCCAUCUUCUCUGUUACCUCAGCUCUUAGGAAGCGACUUUUUCCCUUGGGUACUUAAGUGUAUUUUUGGCAGCAUAUUAAUACAUGAGUCUGAAAUGACUGUGAAUCUGGAAUGUGUAAGUUGAUGCUCCAGUAAGAAUUGGAUCAAAUUUCAAGCACCUUAUUUGUAAAGCAGACUGGGAGUUUGUCCAUCCCAAAAGCAAAACUUUUACGAAUUGCAUCAUACUGUGCUCCCUGGACUACUAUUAAAAAAGAAAAUCAAAAUAACAAGCUACCAAAACUCAUAAAAACUCCUUUUUUCAUACUGUACUAUAUGCUACAGAUAGCUGUCGUCUCGACAGCUUUUUUUGUACAGCUAUUUCAAACAGUGCUUAAGUUUAACGUACUAAGUUUGAGCUCCUGACACUCGGAUACCAGUGAUAGAAGGGAGAUGAUAUAGCCAGUCUAGAUAGUGCCUCUUGGACAGAGACAGAUGCUGCUUGAAAUUAUCAGGGAAUUUUGCACAUCUUGCUUCUAAAGCAGCAGCAAUAUUACUGUCACGUACCAAGAGGUUUUACACAAUGGCUGAUACCUUUUUGAAUAUGUUAAUAUGUAAAUCAAUAGAGAAACAUACUUAGAUUUUAGUUAAUUAGGUUUUAAAUUUAGUAUUCUCUUGAGAUGAGUGCUUUUUGGAGAUAGUGCAGGGAAGUCUGGGGAAGGUUGUUUAUUUGCAAGGUUUCAAGUGCAUCUGAUAGUGGCUGUGAAGUUAAUUUUUUUUUUUUUUUUUUUUCUGCGAACAGGUUCUGAGGCACGCUCACAUGCCAGUUAGUAGAAUCUGAAGAAAUAAUUGCUGUGAUGGGCAUAUUCCUUAAGUUUAUGUUAGCAGAGGUCCACAUGGUUUGUUUAUGGCUCUAGGAAAGAACCUAGAAUCACAUGCAGCAGGUCUUAUGCCUUACUAUAUUGCAUGGGAAAACUGUUUCCUUCUUUAGUACGUUAAAAGAUUACACACUGGACUGGUCUGCCAACGUUCCCCAUGUCUUUUAGUUUAGUGGACGUGAUAGUGGCUCUUUUACCAAGAACUCGUGCAUUCCCAUCAGCGCUGUAUCAGUCUGCUGUUUUGGGAGGCAAACAGCCAAAGCCUCUUCCUCUAAAAUUGUCAGAUAUCCAAAAUAGUGCCAGAAAAUAUUUUCAUUUAUUGUUCUCAUGACUUCAACAUCUUAAUUUGUAGUUGUUGAGGGGUUUUCUGCGGGUUUUUGUUUGUUUGGGGUUUUUUAAACAAAGUUUAUGCCCUUGUCACCUACAUUAAACUAAAAGCAUAUGUAGUAGGAAUUUGGGGACUCAAAUAAUUACUAUAUACAGGCUCUCAAAGAGAUUGCCCUUCAUUUAUAGAGUGUUUUGAAAGUAUGCUCAGGGAGCAAAAACUUCUGAACUUCUAUAGGAUUAUAAGGUGUUUGACAGAAAUAAGAAAUACUUGAUUGAUUUGAUAUUAUGGUGUCUCACUGGAGUUGUAGUUCAUACGCCUUAUUACCCUGUCUUGAAUGUUGCUCUGAGCUCCGUUUCUAAAAGAGAUUGAGACCAUGAGUUGUUUGAAAUACAGUUUCCGUGACAUAACAGCAUUUUAGUCUGAAUAUUUUGGGAUCGUGUCAAAAGAUCUUGGCUUGAGAGUGUUUAAGGUGGGGUUUUUUGUUGUGGUAUUUUAACAAGUAUGCAUUUUCUUGAGAAAAGCAUGUUUUCUGCGCCUCCCCCGCAGCCCAAGUCCUUUUUCAACCAUCUCCUUCCUCCCCAAUUUUGAGAUCGAGUAUGCUUCAAAAUUUUUUUUAUUACCACACAAUAGAAAAUAAAAAUAGAUGUCCAUAUGCAUCCUCUUUACUUGUUUCUUUUCUAGGUACGUACUUCAGUUGGAGACAUUGAACUGUCUUGUACUGUACAGACAUGUCUAGAAAAGUAUCUGAAUUGUUUUCAUAUUUUAUCUUAUAAGUUUUUGUAGCCUGUUGAAACGCAGCAUUCUUUUAGGUUUCGGUAAUCAAAGGAAUUGUUGCACGUGUUUGGUAGUUAUAUUUGGUAUAUCAAAUCUUACUUUGUCUUAAAUGUGUUUCACAAACUCGGCCUUUAUAAUUAAAACAAUUUAAUGACUGUCAUUACUUUCGUUCUUGUCAUCUUGCAAAGUAAAUCUUAGUCAUAAAGUUUCUGUGCUGGUAAAGGAAAACUCUCCCUGGUUUUGCUAUGUUUCGGUUUUGUAUUUGUGUGUGCUUGCUCUUUUUCUCUUGAAGCUACCGAGAUACAUGGGUUUGUACAACAAAGGUGAAAACUGAAUCGUUCUGUGAUUAAAGCAACAAAGACUUGCUUUCUGUAUGCUUUUAUGCACGUUUAAAUUUUUCAGAUGAUCACUACAGAUUUUGUUUGUUCUUUAAAUGGCAAAGGUGUAGGGAUAAGGGAGAGGCUGGUCCAAAGGUCAGGUAAUAGCCUGGGACGUGGGCUUCAACUGGCAGUUUCCUUCUCUGUCAGAUUUUGUGUGUAUUGUUGGGCAAAUCACCUUUGUAUAAAUUGGGUUUAAUAGUACUAUUCAACUUUGUAGGAGUGUUGUGAGAAUAGAGAUACUGAAGCAAUUGAAGAGAGAGGUGUAUAAGUUUCUGAAAUGGGGAAUCUGUUUUGUUCUGCCUCUCCUGUACUUGGCUGACAUCUUGCUUCCUGCUACUUGAUAGGUGGUGCUCUAACUCUUACUGUAUGGACUCUUGCUCAGUAGCAUGGGAGAAGAGGAAGGACUACAUCAAACACAGUUACUGAGGUUAAGCAUGCCAGUAGAAACUCAGGAGGAGCGAGGAGAAACUGCCUCUCCAAUAGGUGAAAUACAGCCGUUGAGAUGUUUGCUUCUGUGCGAAGCAGCAGCUCCUGACUUCCAUCAAGUGUGGAACUUAAUGGGAGCCAGGAGCUGGGAGCUCCUGCCUCUCUCCGGCCAUGACUUGUGGACCUGCUCACCCUUGGUUCCCGAGUGCCGUCUUUGGGACCCAGUCCAUAUGUUCCUGACCCCUGUUGUACCACACUGGCCAUUCUAUAACCUGGACACAAUGUUUGUGCGAGGAUUAAAGAGAAAAUGUUUUGAUGGCGAAGAAGAUAUUGAAGGAACUCUGGCUGGUAUUAAGGCUAUUCCUUCAUAUAAUCUUCAGCGGCAGUCACUUUUAGAUAUGUCCUUGGUUAAACUUCAGCUGUGUCACAUGCUGGUUGAACCUAACCUUUGUCGUUCGGUACUUAUAGCCAACACGGUACGGCAGAUCCAAGAGGAAAUGACUCAGGAUGGGACUUGGCAGAUGAUAAAUACACAGAGUACAGGACAGGCAUCCCUGGAUCGUCUUGUUUCAACAGACAUCCUCUGUCGUUCAUCUAGGGAACAAGCUGAGGGAAAGCACGUUCCAGGCUAUAGUACUUUCAAUAAAGACUUUGAGAGUGACCAGGCACAAGAUAGUUCAGAGACUAUGUCAACAGCCUCUUCAGUGCAAGCCCCAAGAAACCUGCAGAGCAAUGUGUGGGAAAUGGAGAAUCCACAAGAAAAUAAAGGAAACUUUCAAAAAUCAUUAGAUCAAAUAUUUGAGACACUGGAGAAUAAAAGUCCUAAUUCUGUUGAAGAUCUAUUUUCAGAAGUUGACAAUUCUUACUAUGAUCUUGAUACUAUGUUAACAGGCAUGAUGAGCAACACAAAAAUGGGACACUGUGAUGGGCUUGAAACGUUUUCUUCUCCAACAACGGCAACUUCUAGCCCUAAUUGCAAAUCUGAUCUUAAUGACCUUGAUCAUAUUGUGGAAAUCCUUGUUGAAUCCUGAAGCUCCUUGUGUACGAGAUAAAGAUCUGUUAAUUGGGAAAAAAGACUCAAGAAAGCUAUUUCCACAAUUUGUUCUAUCAAAUCUGCACGUGUAUUUUACAAAUAUCUAUAUAUUAUAUAGAUAUAUAUUUUUUAAAAGCACUUCAUAUUGCAAAAUAGUGUUAACUCUUAAAGUUAACCUGCAACUUGUAGUGUAAUAAUCCAAUUUAUUGUCCAUUGAACUGUUAAGUACAUAUGGUAAAUGUUUUUAAGUUUGAAGUCCAAGGCUCUUGAAAUUGGGUUCCUUUUUCCAGUUUCUUUUAGCCUUUGAUGGAGGAUAUGCUCAAUGAGAGGGAAUCUCUCAUCCUUUUCUUAUACUUCUCCCAGUAAAAAAAGUAAUAAACAGAGAGAGAAGUUUCGUAACUGGUUUUCUAUUUUCCUCCGGUUUCCACUUUGUUACACCACAUAACUCCUACCAUAUCUGCUGCUUCUGUUGUAAGUCGCUACAUGGCUCUUAAAGAGCAGUAUGCAAUAGUUCCUGUUAUCUUAGCUAGCUUAUUCUGGUUUUUUGCUACAAUUUUUACUUCAAAAAUAGUUUUAAAGUGUUUAUUGGUGUUUAGAUUUUUCCAGGUAUUUUCCUAAAAUAUAUUUUUCCUACAGAUGUUAUGUCAGCUGCUAACUUAGUAACUUUUGAUCAUAUCUGCAGUUGAUGUAUUUUUGAAAAGACUUUUCAAAAAGGGAUGUUUUUUUACUGUGAGCUACCCAAUGUAGUUCAGUAAAGUGUAUGUAAAUGUAAAUACCUGAUUUUAUACUUUACAUUAAAAUAUAAGAGCUGUUCUCAUGAUUCUGUUUAUUUAUAGAGUAGUGCUUUACUAAAUUGAGAAUUGUACAAUUACUCUUUUCACAUCCCAUGUGCUUGAGUGUCAUUAGAGGAAGCGCUUUGAUCCAACUAGAUAAAAUUAUAUUUAAUUCAUUUCAGACCGUAUUUUUUGUUAACUACAAACCUAAAUUACGUAGGUUUUUAUUUAUGUGUAUUUAUAUGUAAAUGUCAUCAAGUGAAUUGUUUAUCACCGAAGCCUACCAUCAAAUGUUUGUUUAUAUGGGAUAACUAUCUUGCACUAAUUGCUACAAAAAGUGUUAUUAGUGGCCUUUAAAUCUCAGCUGGUGUGUCAUAAUGUCUUGUCAUAAUUAAUAUGCUCCACUCUUACCGAGGGUUUCCUCUUGGCUUUUUUUAAUAAGAAAAGAUAAUACAA